AUGGAUAUAGUCUCUAGCGAAGAAGAAUGCUCUUCUUAUCCUAUCGAGAGUGACUCUAUAAGUACAGAAGAUGAGGACGAAGAAAUGGAAGACUGUGCAUCUGAUGAUGAAAUUGGUACGGUAAAUGAACAGAGAGAUAAUGACAGUUUACAAAGGCAUUACAUUAUGUCAGAAUCUGCGUAUGCGACGCAACAGGAGAAUGAGCGACGGUUUUUAGAAAUACAGCGGUAUAUGCAAUCGCGAGAGCAAUCGCAACAGCAACGUCAACAGCGGCAUCAAUCGUUUCAACAACAAUGUGUAAUGCAACAGCAACAGCAUCAACAACAUCAACAACAGCAACAUCAUGCACAACAACGUGAACACGAGCAACAGCAUCACAUUAUGCUACGGCAAAACGCUAUGCAGCCACAACAACGGCCGCAACAAAGACCGCCACAGCUGCUGCCUUCGUUUUUCACAACUCCAUCAUUCAGCAACAGAGCGUCAUACGCUCAAAGAGAUCACACGCCGCUUCCAUCAUUAAGCGGUACAUUUUGGCCAGCCCGUACACUACCAUUUGAUCCACAUCCAUAUUCCGGUAUCAAUGCAACCUCGACAUCGCUGUCACAUCACGCAUCCGUUUCAUCUAUAACUCAACCUGCAUCAUCUACAACCACUACUGCCCCCAUAACCUCUUCAGACCCCCAAAAACAUUCGUCCCUUAGAUUCUCCCACUCAUCGUCGUCCUCCUCAGACGUGGAUGACAAUGAUUCUCACUCCCCAUCUUCUUCAUCGUCUUCUUCAUAUGAUAGUUCGAGAAAGAGAGCCCGGACGAGGUCAAGUGAGUGGACACAGGGGAUUCAACAUCCACAAAUGGCUGGAUACCCCGGAGCUGUUAACGGAAGCAUGUUGGAUGGGAAUGUUCGAAUGAAUGACAUAAGUAAUUGUGUUGGCGGAAGUGCCAAUAAUAUGAAUGGAAGUGCAAGUUUUAAUGUUGGUGUUAAUGGCUCCACAGGUAUGCGAACAGUUACUUCGCCAAUAGGAUAUUUUGGACAACAGACUAAUGGAAGCUAUGUGCCUCCAUAUUCUGAUCUGCACAAUUUACCAGAGUCACCUAUUACGACCUUUCCUGCAGUAUAUGGAUCCCAAAACGGGCGACAUUCUGACUCGUUUCAGCGACCGCGCACAUCAAAUGUUUAUCAACAAGUUCUACCCGCAAUUAUAUCUUCGUCUUCGUCGUAUCGUUCUUCUCUAUUUCCUAGACCAUUUCCUGCAACUAGACGAUCAUAUGUUAACAAUGUUGCCCAUCAAGUCGACAACUCGAUUCCAAGACAUACAGACACGGAACAGUCUAGAGGAUACAGUAGUCAUUUUGCACCAGCAAGUAAUGGGAUAAACGUAUCUUUAACUUCAAAUUCAAUGGACGGAACAAAUAGUACACAUUCUUCGCCCAUGACAACAGCGUCACAAUCAUCCAAUUCCUCUACAGUUUCUACUUCAGCCAACAUUAGUACCUCUACUCCUCCAUCAAACACCACACCUUCACCUUCCUCUUCAUCCGCAACAACAUACAACCCGAUGCCACACAGACUUUCUUCACCGCCUCUACUUACUCCACGUAACCCGUCGUCACAACAAUUUCCGCGAGUGUCCAAUUAUCGCCAAGGAUCCAGUAUGUCAAGGGUAACGCCUCCGUCAACCCAGCGACGACCCGGCCGAGUUUCGACUACAAGGCUAUCAUUUGCACCGCACAGUAAUGGUCACAAUCAGGAGGGGGUUGAUAUUGGAUUCAGUGCUGUAAGACACAGAAACUGGAGAAGGAUGAGUGGAGUUAGUGGAAGCGGAAUUAGUAGUAUAAGUCAUGGUACUAAUGGUGUGAAUGGUCGAAGUGAUAACAAUAUUAUGUCUGGAAUGGGUAAUAGCAUUCCUGGGGUAAAUCCGAUAAUUCCUUCAUUCCCAAGUUCUACUCAGACGAUACCGACAUCGUCAGCAAAUGGACCCGAUAGGGUACCCACAUCCAAUACAUCGGCAUCGGCCAGACCCACGCCAACCAAACUCCUUAAUUACAGACGCCUGAACCAAGUCUCACCGUUCCGAGCGGCCAUGGCAUCUGGUGGUAGUAGGUCAAACUCGACGUCGGAUAGAAGCCAAGUGAUUCCAUUAACAGCCAGAAUUGCCCAGACUAUUCGAUCACGUCGUGAGGCGAACGCUGGAUCAGGAUCAGGAUCAGGAACGAGAGAUAGAAACGUUGGAUCGGGAAAUGUACAACCAUCGGAUGAUGACGACUUUGAUGGCAGUUACGAAAGUCUAUGGUCUCUAUGUGAACGAAACGGAGAUGUGAAACCAAAAGGUGUUCCUGACAGUCUUAUACAGAGUUUACCCACAAAAUCAUAUACUUUGUCAAAAGACAAGAGCAAUGGUGAACGUUGUACAAUCUGCCUGAGUGAAUAUGAGAUAAACGAACGCUUACGGGAUCUUCCAUGCGCGCAUGACUUUCACACAGACUGUAUUGACGCAUGGUUGAAGAACUCUGACAAAUGUCCUAUUUGUCGUCGUAGUGUAAUUGACGGUGGUGAUUAA